ACCAUCAUCAUGGCGCUCGUCUCUGAGUUUCUGAGCCAGCUGACUCUGUCGUACGGAGGGGAGCCCGAACCCAGAUUCCCCACCGUGGUGCCGGCACGAGACUUCGACCCGGAGAAGGAUGCGGUCCGGAUCGACACGGCCAUCAAAGUGAAAGGAGUGGACGAGCAGACCAUCAUCGACAUCCUGACCCGACGCAGCAACCACCAGCGCAGAGAGAUCGGAUUUGUCUAUGAACGCAUCGCCAAGAAGGACCUGAGCACGGCCCUGAAGGGGGCGCUGUCCGGCUCUCUGGAGGCUCUGAUGCUGGGUCUGAUGAAGAGCACGGCUCAGUACGACGCCUUCGAGCUCAAAGCCUCCAUGAAGGGUUUGGGAACAGACGAGGAAUCGCUCAUCGAGAUGGUUUGCUCCAGAAGCAACGACGAGCUGGUGGACAUCAAGAAGGUUUACAAAGACAUGUUUAAGAAGGAGUUGGAGAAAGACAUCGCAGGAGACACAUCGGGAGACUUUGCUAAACUCCUUCUGGCUCUGGUUCAGACGAAGAGAGACGAACCCUCCAACGUGGUCGACUAUCAGAAGAUCGACGACGACGCCAGAUCUCUGUAUGAAGCCGGUGUGAAGAGGAAGGGAACCGAUGUGGCGACUUGGAUCUCCAUCAUGUCUCAGAGGAGCGUUCCCCACCUGCAGAAAGUGUUUGACAGAUAUAAGAGCUACAGUCCGUAUGACAUGAAGGAGAGCAUCAGGAAGGAGGUGAAGGGAGAUCUGGAGAAGUCCUUCCUCACUCUGGUUGAGUGCUUUGAAAACAGGCAGCUGUACUUCGCCAACAGACUCAAUGACGCCAUGAAGAGUAAAGGAGCGAAGGAGAAGGUGGUGACCAGGAUCAUGGUUUCUCGCUGUGAAGUCGACCUCAUGAAGAUCAGAUCAGAGUUCAAGAAGCAUCACAAAAGAUCGCUGUACCAGACCAUCGCGGAACACACUAAAGGAGACUACCAGAAGGCUCUUCUCAGUCUGUGCGGAGGAGACGACUGAACCAGCUGAUUU